AUGUUGAUGUUAGACGUAUUGUUAGAACUUGUCGUUAAUUUGCAACAAGUUUUCUUGAAGAACCUUAAUACUCUAGGUAGGCAAGGUCCCAAAACCCAUAAGACAUCGUAUACAAAGAAGAAUGUCAAUAUACACCAGUUACAGGUAAAGAGAAGAAUCGUUAACAAUUUAAUAAAAAAAAAAUGA